AUGAAGCUCUUCAACGCUCUAUACCAGAAGAUCACAUGGUUCAGCCUGCUUGAGCCAGCCUUGCCCACUCUGCCAGCCUUCCUCACCGGUUGCAAAGACGAUUCGCCCCCCUUUUCCAGCCUCUAUUGGCGGCUCCACAUAGCCAUGAACAGGUUCAUCGACUUCACGAUCUUGGCAGACGACGUCCGGUCUCCCCACCCUCUGUUCUCCGCCGUUGUCACUCGGCUCGACCACUUCGUGGACACCGGCAAGGGCGAGCCCCGCGAGUUUAUCGUAGCCCACGUCGCUCUUCCCGACGGCCAGUCGACCGCCCUGCGCCAUAUCGGGAUCCUCAAGUUCGAGCGAUGCUGGUGGGACGACGUCCCCGUCCAGUUCCACCGCCGGUACGACGAUCCCAUGUGCCAAACGUACCGACACACGUGGUACGUGGCGGACGACACCGUCUGCGUCUACGAGCCAUCCUGGUGCCGGUGGUGGGCGGGUAGCCGCACGACGCUGCUGCGCUCCAGCCGCGCCCCCAUCGCGCUCCCCCGCCUCCUCGCCGCGGCCUGCGGCCUUCGCCGGCUGCAUCUGAAGUGCUUCGAGGACACGUAUGCGCACGCGUGGUUUGCGCGCGCGCUCUGGGAGCGCCUCCGAGGGCCUCCCGGCGCGGACGCGGGCACCUUCAAGUCCACCACGGAGAUCGCCGACGUGUUGGAGGGGGCAGAGGCAGAGGCGUGCGGGGCGAGUGAAGCCCGCGUGCUGGAGGAGUUCGAGGCUGCGCGGGCGAAGAUAUCACAGUGCCUGUCCGACGAAGGCGAGUGGGUCUCCCUCGAGGAUCAGGAGGAGACGGUCGACGACCUCGUGGACGCGGUGGACGCAGCCGUAUGGGAAGGAGUGGGCGAUAUGGACAGAAGGCCGGUGAAGCGGCCGGAGACGUCACGCUAUCUCAAGGAGCUUGUUCAGAGGUUUCACGCAGACAACACUUGA